AUGGAUUGUGGACUCAUUGUAAAAGAUUCCGGACGUAAACUAGUCUCCCGUUCGGAUGUCCGGGUGGAGACUACCUUGAGUAAAACAAAACAAAACUAUAAAAGAGUAGGCACAUGGAAUGUAAGAACCUUGAGAAGAAGCGGAAAGUUUGAAAAUUUAAAACUAGAAAUGAGAAGACUAAAUAUUGACAUUAUAGGGAUAAGUGAAGUAAGAUGGCCAGAUCCCGGUGACUUUUGGAGUGAUGAGUACAGAUUCAUUCAUACAGGCUCGGAAAAUGGACAUACUGGGGUAGGCAUCAUCAUGAAUAAACAGUGCGGAGAAAGUGUGAUCAGCUAUUAUCAAUGUACAGAUAGGAUCAUCAUGGUUAAAAUUAACACUAAACCUGCUAUUACAACGAUUAUCCAAGUAUACAUGCCAACAUCAUCACACAAUGACGAAGAAGUUGAAGAAACUUAUGAUAAAAUAGAUGAAGUAAUGGCGAUGACUAAAGCAGGGGAGAAUGUUAUAAUCCUGGGCGACUGGAAUGCAGCAGUAGGCGAAGGGAAAGAGAGUAACAUAACGGGUAGUUAUGGCUUGGGAACCAGAAAUGAGAGAGGAGAACGACUAAUACAGUUCUGUACACAACACAAAUUGACAAUUGCAAACACUUUUUUCCAACACCAUAAAAGAAGAUUAUAUACCUGGAAGAGGCCGGGAGAUACUGCGAGAUAUCAAAUCGAUUACAUUAUUACUAAACAACGCUUUAAAAAUCAAAUUAAACAAUGUAAAACCUAUCCUGGUGCUGAUAUUGACAGCGAUCACAAUCUAAUUAUUAUGGAAACAAAUCUAAAGUACAAAAAAAUUAAGAAAGGUGUUUUCACAAAUAAAUGGAAUUUAGAAGUGCUUAAGAAAGAUGAGAAGAGAAUAGAAUUUAAAGAGAAAUGUAAGAAAGCAUUAAACAACAUACAAAUUGAGAACUGUCAGUCAGAGGAAAAUAAAUGGGAAAAUAUUAAGGAAAUUCUAAAGAUCCAGGCAGAGGAAGUAUUAGGAACCCAAAAGAAAGAGCCGAGGAAGCCUUGGAUGACAGACGAAAUAGUUAAGCUAAUAAAUGAAAGAAGAAGGUAUAAAAAUCAAACUAACACUCAAGAACAACAACAAUACAAAAGAAUACGAAAUGAAGUGCAAAGGAAGAUAAAAAAAGCGAAAGAAAAAUGGCUAGAUGAGCAAUGUAAGGGAAUAGAAAUUUUUUUAAAAAAAGGAAGAAGUGACCUGGCGUUUUCAGAAACCAAAAAGCUUUUUCGUGAAAGGAAACAAAACACAGGAACCCUAGUAAACAAAAACGGCGAAUUAUUACUAGAAGCUGAUCAAAGGGCUAAAAGAUGGAAAGAAUAUCUGGAAGAAUUAUAUGAGGAUAAUUCAACUAUGAUAUUUGAGGAAGAAGAUAAUGUAGAUGAGGAUGAUAAAGGUGAUAAUAUCUUGCAGGCAGAAUUUGAUCAUGCGAUGGACACUCUUAAAAACAAUAAAGCGUAUGGUGUAGAUGAAAUCCCAGCAGAGUUACUUAAAUACACAGACGUAGUUGUUAAAAAAGAACUGUACAAAAUAUGCAAUGAAAUAUAUUUAAAGGGAAGAACCAUUAGUGAUUUCGAGAAGGGUAUUGUGGUACUGAUUCCAAAAAAGAAAGGAACACAAAAAUGUGAAGAGUACAGAACAUUAAACCUCAUCACACAUACCGCCAAAAUUAUCACCAGAAUAAUCAAAAACAGGAUAGAUAAAAAGAUAGAAGAAAAUCUGAGUAAAGAUCAAUUUGGAUUCAGAAAAAACAUAGGAACAAGGGAGGCAAUUUUAACACUGAGAGUACUAAUUGAAAAACAAAUUAGAAGAAACAAAGAUACAUUUAUAGCCUUUGUCGAUUUAGAGAAGGCGUUUGAUAAUGUAAAGUGGAGUAUAUUAUUCGAUAUUCUGAAAUCAAUUGGAAUUAAGUAUUACGACAGAAGAUGCAUUUAUAAUUUAUACAAAAACCAAACUUUAUUAAUACGUAUAGAUGGAAAAGAAGAAAUAGCAAAAAUUAAAAAAGGGGUACGACAGGGCUGUAACCUAUCACCCAUGCUGUUUAAUCUAUAUAUUGAAGAAGUAAUGAAAGAACUAAGAAUAGAAGUAAAGCAAGGAGUUAGAAUAGGUGGAGAAACAAUUAACGCUCUGAGAUUUGCUGAUGACAUCGCUUUCUGCGCAGAAACAGAAAAUGACCUGCAAAAUAUUUUAACUAAGGUCAAUAAAAUAUUAGGGGACAAAUAUGGAAUGCGAUUAAAUAAAAAAAAGACAAAGGUUAUGGCGUGCAGCAAGACAAACCCUGCUCAACUUAAUAUAUACAUAGAUAAUGCACGCAUAGAACAAGUACAACACUUUAAUUAUUUAGGAAGUAAAAUAACAGAAGAUGGCCGUAGCAAAGUUGAAAUUCUAAGUAGAAUAGCGCAAGCGAAGAGGGCUUUCCAGAAUAAAAAACAUCUACUAACCAUCAAUAGUAUGGACUUAGAGGUAAGGAAAAGGUUCUUAAAAAUAUAUAUAUGGAGUAUUGCCUUAUAUGGCUGUGAAACCUGGACAAUCAGUGCAACAGAGAAAAGAAAACUAGAGGCCUUCGAAAUGUGGUGUUAUCGUAAAAUGUUAAGAAUUAAAUGGAUUGAUAGAAUAACGAAUGAAGCAGUACUAAUUAGAAUAAAAGAAAAGAAAAUACUAUGGCAUACCGUAAAAGUUAGAAGAGCUAAAAUGAUAGGACAUCUACUACGCCAUGAGAGUCUAACAAAAACCGUCAUAGAAGGCGACGUUGAAGGCCAUAUAGGAAGAGGAAGACCAAGGAUGGAGUAUAUGAAGCAAUUAAUGAGUGACAUGGGGAAGAAUAGUUAUAAAAAGCUAAAGGAAUUGAGUAAUGAUAGGGAAGCAUGGAGAACUGCAGCAAACCAAUCUAAGGAGAUUGAAGACUGA